AUCCCCCAAAAAAUCAACAAAUGAUGGGAUCAUCAAGUGAUGUAUUGUCAUCAAAACUAAAUGAGAGCAUCCUUGGCAGUGUACUACCUCCCCAUCUUUAUAAAUAAUACAGGUUGAUGGAUCAUCAGCCGUAAACAGCAAUUUGCCCAGAUUCAAUUGAUCAAUCCCACGGUGGUGAAACAAUAACCUCCUUGCCAGAGGUAUCAAAUCCACUGCAAGCACUCUGAAAACCGGAAUAACCCGUGACUCACCCAAAAGAAAAUUGGGGUUGUCUACUGUAUCUUCCUCCACACCCACUGAGGGUUAAAUGGUAAUUUAGUAAAUGUGCUAAUGCCGUUCUCCAUUCAUUCCUGUUGUCACUGGCCGAUUUUGACAAAGUGAUUUGUGUGUCUGUCUCUAUGUUCAUGCAUGUGCGUGCCUCCACUCCCUCUCGUUCUCUGGGUAAGCACUCUUUAGUCUGACCCAAUUCUUGUCUUGUCACAUAAAUGAAAAGAUACGCCUAUCUGACAGAUUAUAUGUCCCCUUACAUGGCCAUGUUGGUCCACAUUCGGUGCAUCACCCAUCACCACAUUCAGAGGCAUCUGGUGCCCACACUCAGGUGCUGCGGCAUUUUCUGUACCGCUAUGUGAGUAUUAUUUUGGAGAGAGCCAACAUGGAUUACUCAUUUUCCAACUCUCGUUUGUGAGGUUUCUGCUCAUAAUUGAAACGAUGGUGGGGUUGUCAUGGUGACACCCAAGACUUAAAGCUUAUUGUGAACUGAGCCAAAGAGUAAUCUCUUUGUACACUUGGCCUCAACAGUGUACAAUGUGCUUACUUGUAUUUGUUGGGAGAAUGCAUUCAAACAAACAGUAGAUGUUCAUCAUCAUGUAGGGCACAGUAAGAAAGAAAUGUUCAGUGCAGGCCAAAUUUCAGAUUAUCAUUCAAGUCUUCCCUGUAUCUAUGGGCAAUUUAAAAAAAAAGAAAAUAACGAAACACACCUAUUGCUUUCUACUCAGCUGUUUUGACACAUGCAGCGCAACGAUCACGCACUGACCGUACUUUCAUAAUCCUGAAGGUAAUAAAUUGGGACUGGAUUGAUGCAACAUGUGGAUGCAUAAUGUCUAUAAAGAACCUUCCGCUGUAAGAUGUAGGCAGUCGCUUGAUUCCAGCAGUCAUUGGCGGGUUUCGUUCUCAUUUACACUUAACGAGCAACCGGGUCUUGCCUGAAACGAUGUGGGCGUCAACGAGUGGGCCCUUAAGUCCGCUCAGUUGCUUGAGAGGAUCUCAUUGAGAGUCCUUGGCUAAAGUCAAGGGGUGGAGAUCUAAGAGGCUCUCCAUCCUUGCAAGGCAUGGAGGAGAGGGGCAAAGGCCUGGGAAGUCCAGUUGAGGUGGAAAAGAAAGACCACAGUAUGCUUAGCUCGAAGGAAAGAUUGAGAAAACAAAGACCUCUUUGAUUUAAUGGGUCCAAUUAUUGGGAUGUCACCAGACAAGAAAACGGAAAUUCCGGGUAUGCAAGAGGAGCGGACAUGGCUUCGAGGUGUUUGUGGAGUUGGAACACUGCCCGAGGCGGAGUGCGCAUCCAGUCCCCUUGCGACCAGCGUGGAUCGGACUGGAGGUGCUGAAGAUGAAGAACUCACCAACCUCAACUGGCUUCACGAGAACCUGCUUCAGAACUUUACAUUGGGAGGUCCUGAAGCUCAACCCAGCGGCAGCCCGCUCUUUGACAUUGAAGGAGACUAUGGAUCCAACCAAGGAACUUCGUCCUCGUCCACAGCCUCAACUCACAGUAGGGGUCGAGAGCGGGACUCAUUGAAGUCCAAGCCCCCUUUUUCGUUUUCACUCCUCAUCUACAUGGCCAUCGAGCAAUCUCCGAGUAAAUCUCUACCCGUCAAAGAAAUCUACGGCUGGAUUCUUGAGCACUUCCCUUACUUCUCCAAUGCUCCCACUGGAUGGAAGAACUCGGUGCGUCACAAUCUCUCCCUGAAUAAAUGCUUCCGCAAGGUCGAAAGGAGUUUAGGAAAGGCCAAUGGGAAAGGUUCUCUCUGGUGCGUCGACCCAGAAUACCGCCCCAACUUGAUCCAAGCCCUUAAGAAGCAGCACUUUCCUGCCGCACAUGCCUUCUGUACACCACCCGCCUCCCCGCCCAGUGCCUCCUCACCCCCUCGCCAUCUCUUUCUGCAAGGUUGCUCAUUUAAAGAGUCUGAUAUUGAUGCUGCCACUGCCAUGAUGCUCUUAAACUCUGCCCCAGGGCACCACGUUGACCCAUGCAAUUCGGACAGUCCACUGGACCUCUCCAGACCCGACUCAGUCCUGGUGAGCAGCGAUCCAAAGCAGGACCACAACUACAGCAGUGUCGCCCUGCAGCGCUGCUCCUCCCGGUCUUCUUCGUCCUCCCUGUCCUCCUUAGAUGAAGGAGGCUGCGACCGCAGGCAGUCCCGCCGCGCCGGCAGCGAGGGCUUCCACAGCGACGAGGACUCCGACCUCUGGGAUGAGAGAGGCGCCAACCAAACACGCCGCCGCCCGUCCGCCAUCAUGUGGCCUGCUGACAAAAGGCCGCGACGGGAGGUCAAGCCAGAGCUGGAUGAGGAGCUUAAAGAGGCUGCCGGUUCCUUGCUGCACCUUGCUGGCAUACGCAGCUGCACGGAGGGCUCCAAACGCAAUGUCAAGAGCACAAAACUUAACAGGAAAUAAAAAGAUCCCAACAUCAGACUCCGGACCCUGUGAACCUUCACCUCUGACCCCCCCGCAGUCCUGUGUCCCGGUGUGCCUCCUCCUCCUUAUCUCGUAUGUUGGCCAUUUUGAGUCUCUCAAUCGUUUGUUUGCGAUAUUCUGUCCAACGAAUCAAAUGGCAAUAGUAUUGUUCACACAGGAGAGCAAAGCCAUAAAGAGACUUUUACAACUGGGGGCGGUCACAGCAUAUGGGCGGUGUCUGGGCUAUGGAGAACUGGAUCCAAAAUGACCUGCCUGCUUCUGUCGAAAUAGACGAUGGUGACUCAAGAUUUUUCUUUUUCCUGUAAAAAUGGGAAAGGUUUUUCUAACUCAAAGCGUUGCAUGCUUCCUCCUCAAACUUGUAUCCUCUUCCAAGUGAAUCUGUGUAUGAAGCAAACGAGUGCAUGUUUGUAACAGACAAAAUCUAACCUCCUGGUGUUACAAGUUUUCCCUCUUUUGUGCUAAAAGAAAAAAAAAAUAUGGCACGGUUUUAAAACGUGUGCUCUACACCUCUGGUGAGAGAUGCAAUAAUGAAUCCACAACCUUAACUUUUUCCACAUCAUUGAAUAUUGCGACUUUUCCACCCUAGAGAUGCUAGUUAAACUGCAACUAAGCAAAUGAUUGAGCUAGCGUUUUUCUCUUGUUAUGCCAUAAACAUAAGGAUUAGCAAAAUGUGGCAUUAGUAUUUCCUCUGCCACUGCCAAAUUUUACUUGCAAACUUUGCUGUGUUUUGGUCUGCCAGUCACUUGUAUUUGACCUUUACGGCACAGACGUGCGUUAAAUGAACAUCUGCCUCUUCGCUGUGUGUGCAUAGGAUUUCCUCUACAGUUUUUACUUGUUUUUUAGUGUCUGUUUGCUUCAGUCCAAACCGAAGGUGAGAAAAGAGGCUAAGUUACUCUUAUGCGAAGAAAAGUAGCCAUGCUGCUCAACUUGUUGUGUUAUUGAACCUUGUGGAUGGAGUGGUAAAUAACCCCAGGUUCGUGCACCAUUUUUGCAGUUUCUUCCUUGUCAAAGUCGAGUAGAAGGCCUGAUUUGGGAGAGAGUUGCUGUCGAGCUUAUUUCAAGCAUGAUAAACAUGACUGUACAGUCAUGGUUGCCUAUAACUGGAAUCCUUAUGAAGAUGUGCGCCACACUCAUGAUUGGUCCUCACUUCCGCUCUGCCACGUGUGUUCCUCUCGCUGCUCUUCCUCCUUUAAACAAAAUAAGGAAGUACAAAGCUCCCUCAAGCUGUGAACUGUGGUGUUUACUGUCAGCUGAUGACAUUCGGCUGACUGUGGGAGGUUGCAAGCCACAUUUCUAUUUGGGUUUUUAAAUCAAAAGUACUUCAUCAUAUGAGGAAUGCGUAGACAUGCACAAUAGCAUCUCAUCCCACACAAUUAAAAAA